AUGCAGAGUCGAAUCUUCGAGCCCGCGCCAUCUGGUGGGCGAAAAGUCGUGAUUGCCACAAACAUUGCCGAGACGUCUAUUACAAUUGACAACAUCUACUACGUGAUCGAUCCUGGGUUUGUGAAGCAGAAUGCUUACGACCCCAAACUCGGUAUGGACUCUCUGGUGGUCACCCCGAUCUCACAGGCCCAGGCGAAGCAGCGAGCUGGCCGCGCUGGACGAACCGGUCCUGGCAAGUGUUUCCGUCUGUACACCGAGGCAGCCUAUCAAUCCGAGAUGCUGCCCACGACGAUUCCCGAGAUUCAACGGCAGAAUCUGUCGCACACGAUUCUCAUGCUCAAGGCUAUGGGCAUCAACGAUCUCCUGCACUUCGACUUCAUGGAUCCGCCGCCCACCAACACCAUGCUUACAGCCUUGGAGGAACUGUAUGCCCUGUCUGCGUUGGAUGACGAAGGGCUUCUGACACGGCUUGGACGGAAGAUGGCCGACUUCCCCAUGGAGCCAGCGCUCGCCAAGGUUCUGAUUGCCUCGGUCGACAUGAGUUGCUCGGAAGAAAUGCUGAGCAUCGUGGCAAUGCUGAGCAUCCAGUCCGUCUUCUACCGGCCAAAGGAGAAGCAACAGCAGGCCGACCAGAAGAAGUCGAAGUUCCACGAUCCGCAUGGUGACCACCUGACGCUGCUCAACGUGUACAACGGAUGGAAGCAAUCCAAAUUCAGCAACGCCUGGUGCUUUGAGAACUUCAUCCAAGCGCGCCAGAUGCGACGUGCGCAGGAUGUGCGCCAGCAGCUGCUGGGGAUCAUGGACCGCUACCACCACCGGAUCGUCUCCUGCGGCCGGAACACCCUCAUGGUGCGCCAGGCGCUGUGCACCGGGUUCUUCCGUAAUGCGGCGCGCAAGGACCCGCAGGAGGGAUACAAGACGCUCGUCGAGGGCACGCCGGUCUACCUGCACCCCAGCUCCGCGCUGUUCGGCAAGCCGACGGAACACGUCAUCUACCACACGCUGGUGCUGACCACGAAGGAGUACAUGCACUGCACAACGGCCAUCGAGCCCAAAUGGCUCGUCGACGCCGCCCCGACCUUCUUCAAGGUCGCCCCCACAGACCGGCUGUCCAAGCGCAAGAAGGCAGAGCGCAUCCAGCCCCUGUACAACCGGUUCCAGGGCGAGGACGACUGGCAGCCACGCAUCGCGGAACAAGCGGAGGAAGCUGGAUCGCGAUGA